CAAAAAGCACACCACUCGUUCGUGGUCACCCUGCAGUUGGAUACUUUCACGAAAGACGUUGCAAUAUCGACAGACUGCAUCUGAUUUUUUGUUGUGAGGAUGAGUUCCGUUGAUGUGAAUGAUGAGAAUCGUGGGGUCUGCCCCACAGGAAAGCACAACAGCUCAAUUAACGACAUUUUUGACCUGGAUCAGCCAACUGGGAGGCCCUCCAUCCUGCGUCAGACAGAGAACCUGCCCAGCAAGGCGGUGCCAAAGGGGACAAAGGUGGCUUUUCAGACUCCAAGAAGAGACCCUGUGACUAAAAGAAUUGUAUCUCCCACCAAACCUGUCAGGAUGACAAGUGUGGACGAGUGUACAAAAGUGAUGGAGUCCUUAAAUUUGGAUAAAUUCAAUACUUUACAGAAAGAUGCCACUGAGCAGCCUCAGCCCAAACAAGAAGUGUCCUCUUACCCUGAUGAUGACAUGCCGAUACAAAGCAAAGGAGGCUAUCAGUUUGAUUUUGACAACCUCGACUCCAUCGAUCCGUUUGUGGGUUCUGUUCAGACGGUCCUCUCUCCUGCGAGGCCUGCUGCUGAAAACCCUCCUACAGAGUCUCAACAUACAGAACCAGAGAAUAGCUCGGAGGAGCACGGCAAAAUAGAAACUGCACUAGACGAGACGCUUCCAUUCAUCCCGUCUAUGGAAAACUCACUGGUCGAUGUCUCCACCGACAUCAGCUCCAGAGAGAACAGUGUGGUCACAGUGAGGAAGGUCCCCGCUGUGGAGGAGGAACAAGAUUCAUGCACUGCCACACCUGAUGAAAAACAACCUGGACGAGUGUCUCCAAAUGUGAAUCAAGACAAUAGUUCAGGCAGUUUUAUAGAAGAUGCGCCACUGCCAACGAAAGGGGCUUACUCCUUGGAUUUUGACAACCUUGAUGAAGUCAAUCCAUUCCAAACCGGUGGCUCUAAACUUCCGAAUUCGCCUGUCCUUGGGAGAAAAGUGCCGGACAUUGACCCACCUGUUGAGGAGACACUGAUUAAGGAAAAUGAACCCACAAAUGUUAACAUGCCUGAGGCGGCUCGAGGGUCGCCGGAACUGGUCGACGUCAUCGCCAGUGAGAGCAGUGUGGUCACAGGGGUGAAGGUCCCAGCAGACGAGGUACGAGAGUCAUGCACUGCCACACCUGAUGAAAAACAACCCGCUAAAAUGUCUCCAACUGUUGAUCAAGACAAAGUGUCAGGCACUUUUGCAGAAGAUGCCCCACUGCCAGCGAGAGGUGCUUACUCCUUGGAUUUUGACAACCUUGAUGCAUUCAAUCCAUUCCAAACCGGUGGCUCUAAACUUCCGAAUUCCCCUGUUCGUGGGAGAACGGUGGCAGACAUUGACCUAACUGUUGAGGAGACACAGAUUAAGGAAAAUGAACCCACCAGUGUUGUUGUCAUACCUGAGGUGACUCAAGAGGGGCCUGUUCAGCCUGAGAAGAAACCCACAGCUGCAGUGGCCCCAAACUCGGCUAAUGCUGCCAAAACUUCAGCUGCUGAAUCCACCAUCCUGCUAGCUGAUGCCCCAAUCAAGGAAGGACCAGUCAAACUUGAGUUUAAUUUCGGUGACGGCAGUGAGGUCAAACGGAAACCACCACCCAAGAAAUUUGGCAAAAGGCCGGCUGGUGUGAAACCUGAAGAGGGAAAGCCUGCGAGUGACGUCAAACCACCGGAAGAACCUUCAGUGAGGCCUGAUGCCAGUGACGCUGCUGAUGUUCCCAAAGGGUCUUACUCAAUUGACUUUGACAAGUUUGAUGAUCCAAACUUCAAUCCUUUUGGCACAAAAGCAAGCAUGAACAAUUCUCCAAAGUGUGGCAAGAAAUCUGGCCCUGUGCUCGUGGAAACUUUAAUUCCAGAGCGAGCGGAGAAGCCUGCGGAGAAGGAAGCCGUAUCCUCGGCAUGCGCUGGAGAGAGUGUCCAAGCUGCAGCCCAGCCCAACCCUGGAGCGGUGAGAGAAAACGCGAUAUUCAAAGCUGCUUCUGACCAAGACGAGGGAUUUCAACCUAAAGCUGAACGACCCGCGGAGAGUCUUCCUGAGCUUGUUGAAUUGUGUCAGCCGGAGCAAAAGUCAGAGACCGCCAUGUCAGCAUUCAAUGAGGAGUUUGUUCCUGGAACUAUGUUCAUGGCCGAUGACUUUGAUGGGCAAAUGGAUUACCUUGAACAGUUCGGGUCCAGCACUUUCAAGGAAUCUGCAUUGAGGAAACAAUCCUUGUACCUUAAAUUUGACCCUCUCCUGAGAGAGAGCCCCAAGAAGUCUGCAGGCCCAGUUGCUCACACCCACGUCCCUCACCCCGCUGCCUUUGUCUCACGGCUGGAACCUCCACAGAUGGCAGAACAGACUCCAAACGGACCACAAAAGGAUGAUUUCAAGCUGUUUGAUGCUACAGCACCAGCUCCAAUCCUUGCGGUCCUUCCUUUCCCCCAGCCAGCAAACACCGAGGAUGCCAUUAUUGAAGUGCUGAAGUACAGUCAGAAAGACAUGGAUGCAGCCAUCGCCCGGGUCCAGGCAGAAGGAAAGAAAAAUCAGGAGCAAUGGAGUGCAAAGUGUAAAAAGAUGCUUGAUGAUGGUCAAGAAUUGAGGAAAAUAAUUGCAGAAUUUGAGCUUGUGAUUGCCAAAAUGAUGGCUGAUCAAGAGAAGGAGAGGGAGCUGGCCCAGGCGAAGCUCGAAGAGGCUCUGCUGGAGAAGGAGCAAGUGUCCAGUGACCUGAACGCUAUAGAGAGGUCUUUCUCCGACCUCUUCAAGAGACUGGAGAAGUACAAGGGUGUGGUUGAGGGCUACAAAAAGAAUGAAGUGACUCUGAAAGCGUGCGCUCAGGACUAUUUGGCAAGGAUCAGGAAGGAGGAGCAGCGCUACCAUACCCUUAAAGCCCAUGCUGAGGAGAAAAUUACUCAUGCAAAUAAUGAGAUUUCUGAGGUGCGGUCAAAGAACAAUGCUGAGGUCUCUGCUCUUCAGGCUCAGCUGCGACGGGAGCAGCUGAAGGUGCAGUCACUGGUGAAGAGCAUUGAUCAGAAGGUGAAGGAGGCUGAAGAGCUCACCAAACUUUGUGAUGAACUAAUCACCAAAGUCCAGAAGGGUUGAGCUCAUUUGUGAAUACUGUAUAUUUCUCUUUAGUGUUGGUGUCCAGAUCGUUUUCUUUGUUUGUCUUUGUCAUUGUUACUGUAAAAAAAGUUAAUAAAGAUAAUUUACAAGUUU